CUCUUCUCUUCUCUCGAGCGCUCAAUCGAUGGCUGCGGCUGGUAGCGGUAGUUUCCAGUUCGGACGUAUUGCCUCGAAGCGUCUCAUGAUGCUCGUGGCCUUACUUCUCGUCUCCUGCUGUCUCGGCCAUGGAUUCGGCGAUGAGGAUCAUGUCGAGGUGGAGGGAAUCAGCAGCAGUUGCAUGGAGAGCGAGAGGAGAGCUCUCCUCGCCAUCAAAUCCGAUAUGUACGACCCCGGCGACAGGUUUUCUUCUUGGACCGGCAAAGACUGCUGUGGGUGGAGAGGUGUGGCCUGCGACAACACCACCGGCCAUGUCACCAAGCUCGACCUCAGCUACCACGACACAUACACAUACACAUACACAUACACAUGCGAUAUGUGGGAUGUGUUUUACGAUGUGGAAACAAUAGGCGCCAGCAAGGUAAAUUCAUCUUUGCAAGAACUGAAGUACUUGAAGUAUUUGGAUUUGAGCAUGAAUAACUUCUCCCACGCCCCUGUGCCUCGUGUGAUUGCUUCACUAGUCCACUUGGAAUAUCUCAAUCUAUCUUAUGCCAUGUUCUAUGGACUAGUUCCUCCUCAGUUGGGGAACCUCUCCAACCUACGCUAUCUCGACCUUCAGGGAAGGUAUUAUGAUAGGUAUCAUGAUGAUUUUCUACACGUUGACAAUCUCGAUUGGCUCUCCCGUAUUCCUUCUCUAAAAUAUCUUGACAUGAGCAAUCUCGACCUCAGCAAGGCGACCAAUUGGUUUUACGUAAUUAAUUCUAUUCCCACACUCGAAGUGCUGCAUUUGAGCUAUGCAGAACUGCCAUCUGUUCCAUCUCCUUUGCUCCCUUUCAAUCUAACAGCCAUCGCUACGUUGGAUCUGUCUGGGAAUUCCAACGUCACGUCUGCCAUGCUAAGAUGGCUUUCUAACGCCACCAGCCUCGAGAACCUUGUUCUUUCUGGCUGUCGGAGUCUCACUAUCGAGUCGGUACAAGUUGCUCUAGGAGCUCUCCUUAAUCUGAAGGAAUUAGAUUUAACAGGCAACUCCCUUAAAGGAGAAAUUCUUGAAAUUCUGAACAAUGUCAGUAGCAGGGGCCUGAAGCACUUGGAUUUGAGAUGGAAUCAAUUAUCUGGAGAUAUUCCUCCAGGGAGCCUUAGAGACCUGGAGUACCUGGACUUAUCAACGAAUUUAAUUGUCGACGUGCAUAUCUUAGCUUCUCUGGGGAAUCUCACAAACUUGCGACAUUUAGAUUUGAAAUGCAAUGCAAUCAGCGGAGAAAUUCCACCAAUCGUGGAAGAUGCUGUCCGAUUGGAGUACCUAGAUUUGUCCUUUAAUGGCAUCAUUGGAAAAAUACCACAGGCUAUCGGCAACCUCAGUAACCUAUUGGAAUUACAUUUAUCAGGCAACAAAAUUGUGGGAUGGAUACCAUCGAGCAUCGGCAACCUCACCAACUUGGUACACUUAGAUUUAUCAUACAACGAUAUUGUCGGUUGGAUACCACCGAGCAUCGGCAACCUCAGUAACCUAUUGGAAUUACAUUUAUCAGGCAACAAAAUUGUGGGAUGGAUAUCACCGAGCAUCGGCAACCUCACCAACUUGGUAUACUUAGAUUUAUCAAUGAAUAAUAUUAGCGGAUACAUUCCAGAGACUUUGGGUACUCUCAUCCAUAUGGAGGAAUUAUAUUUGUUUAACAAUCGUAUUUCUGGACAAAUACCAGAAACCAUUUGGGAUCUUCAAAAUCUACGGAUAUUAUUUUUAAGCAAUAACCAUAUGUCUGGGCAGAUACCAAAGAAGAUCGGUAAACUCCACUACUUGCAAAACUUGGACAUGUCAUAUAACAACUUAUCAGGUCAAAUACCAACGACGAUCGGCAAACUCCACUACUUACUAUACUUGGGCAUGUCAUAUAACAACUUAUCAGGUCAGAUACCAACGACAUUGGGUGAUCUAUGCAAUUUGACCUGGUUAGAUUUGUCUUUUAAUAACAUUGGUGGAGAUCUUACAAAUCUAUUCUAUGGUUUGUCUACUUGUUCACAAGGAGCAUCUAUAUCAUUCUUAGCCCUGAAGGGUAACAAUUUAACCGGGAUUAUUCCUUCGAGCAUGGGCCAAUUAUCUCAGUUACAACAGGUAGACCUCUCCUCAAACUCGCUGGCAGGCAACAUCACCGAAGCACACUUUUUAAAUCUUACAAGGUUAUCAGAAUUGAUAAUCGCUUCCAACUCCUUGAAUGUGAUGCUACCAAAUGAUUGGCGACCCCCUUUUAGUGCCAAGAUUAUCGAUCUAAGCUUUUGUCAUCUCAGAGGAAAAUUUCCUGAAUGGUUUCAGACUCAACAACAAUUGCAACGGCUUUUUCUAUCUGGAGUUGGAGUCUCAGGCAGCCUCCCUAUUUGGUUUUCAAAUUUCUCAGAAGGUUUAGAAAUUAUUAACUUGAGCUCCAACUAUUUGACUGGUCAAUUACCUUCUGCUUCUCAAUUCAUAUUGAAUCUCUCCAACAACUUAUUUGUCGGACCUAUUCCAUUGAGCUUGAAAAAAGCUACGAGACUCAUUUUGUUAUCUUUGUCUCAUAAUCAUAUCAAUGGUGAUUUUCCUUCCUUCUUUUGUAACCUGAAUUUUCUUAGAGUUCUCGAUCUAUCUAACAAUCACUUAAUUGGAGAAGUCCCCGAUUGUCAUAAUUCAUUUCCAAUCUCUCUACAAUCUUUGCAUUUAAAUAAUAACAACCUAUCCGGAACAAUUCCUUCCUUUUUGAAACAUUGUAACCAAUUAGUUACCCUUGAUCUUGGUGAAAAUAAAUUGCAUGGAGAAAUACCAACAUGGAUGGGAAGAAACCUCUCGUCAUUGAAGGUUCUUCUUCUGAGGUCAAACUUAUUAUAUGGUGUUAUCCCUGAGAACAUAGUGGAUCUCACUUCUCUUCAGGUAUUGGAUCUUUCUACCAACAAUCUAACCGGUAGUCUACCAUCAUCUCUAGGAAAUUUCAACGCCAUGGUUGAGAUACAAAAUGAUACUAGGUCAAUGAUUCAUGUCAUCACCUAUUAUUAUACCGAGAGCAUCUUAAUAACCAUAAAAGGAUUAAAUGUUACUUACACAACCAUUCUCUCACUGAUGACAUGCAUAGACUUGUCAAAUAAUCAUCUCUCUGGUGAAAUCCCAAAAGAAUUGACAAAACUUCUUGGAUUGCGCUUCCUAAACUUAUCCAAGAAUCAUUUGACGGGAAGGAUUCCAGAAAAGAUGGGUGACAUGACACUAUUGGAAUCGCUUGACUUAUCAGUGAACAGUCUAACAGGGGAGAUACCUUCGAGCUUUUCUUCUAUGCAUUUCCUGGCUCGUUUGAAUCUGUCUUACAACAACUUAUCAGGAAAAAUACCCACUAGUGGUCAACUGUCGACCUUUGAAUCAUGGACAUAUGUGGGUAACAAAGACCUCUGCGGUAAGCCACUGCCAGAUUGCCCUGUUUAUCAAACUCCACCUGACGCCAGAGUUAAACAUGAAUAUGAUGAGAAGCUGGACAAAUUAUUGGAGUACACCAGUAUUGUGGUCGGAUUUGUGGUUGGCUUUUGGCUGUUUAUUGGCACUCUCAUCAUGAAGCAGGCCAUCAGAUUCGCUUUCUUCCGAUGGAUCGACAAGGCCUGCGACUGGAUCUAUGUUCAGUUUGCAGUAAAGCUUGCGAAGCUCAAAUCCAAAUGGCAAACGAUGACAUGAGCUGUGGGACUCGCAGAACUUUGAUUUAGGUAUUACCAGAAUGCUUUAUAUAAGUUCCCGAUUUGCUGCUAUUUUGGGGUUUCUAUAAUAAAAAGCAGAUUGCCACCAGUUCAGUUGAUGCAGGAGUCAAACUAGAAGAAGAUGAUGAUGGAGAUAUGCUUGAAACAAUAAUAUUAGAUGUUGCUAGCGUUGUCGUGGGAUUCAUAGUUGUUUCUGGGGUUUCUAUCGGCGUAGUGAUCAUGAAACAAGGCUUAAGGAUUACUCUCUUCCAACAAAUCGACAACAUCUAUGGCUGGAUGCAGAUAUGUGCAGCCGAAAGCUGAAGCCCAAAAUAAUGACGAAGAAUCAAUUGAACUGUGGCAAAGUGCUAAGAUUGUCUAUGUAGACUUCAUGUAUUUGUGUUAUAGUGUUUUGAUUCAUGAAUGACCAUUUGGUGUUGUCCAGAAAUAAGGUUAUUGUUUAAAGAUAACAUCUGAGACACGGCAUCAGGAUACCUCUGUUCCAGUUGAUCGACAGGACUUGUGAUUGGAUCAAUGUGCAGGUGGCAGUAAAGCUGAAGGAACCAAAGUGCAAAUGGCGAAGAAUGACUUGAAGAAUCACUAAGCAUCUCAAGCUCAUGUCAUCCUCUUCAUGUUAUGCUGUAUUUAUGUUUCAUGUAAUUGUUGUAGUCUCUUUAGAAUCUUAAAUGUAUUGGCAACUUGCUGCUG